ACAACUCAUUUUCCAACUUUCUUUUUGGUGCAAAUCUUAGAUCUCUCGCAACCCUCUCUCAUAAGCCAAACAACAAAAACUUUCUAUUGAAUAAAAAGAGGGCUUAGAAAACCAAAGGGGCAAGAAAAGAAGGCCAAGAAUUUGACAAUAGAGAAAGAAGAUAUGUCACACCCUACCCUGUCCUUCCAAUAAGGAUCUGAACGAAAACUACUGGACUAAGACGAACCCAUAACUAAUGCAUUAGGUCCGCCCCUGAGUGGGUCUUGAGGUGUUGCUGGUAACAGUGUGGUUUGGAGUCAGGUUCUGACUUGGUUGUGAAAUUGACGUACUACUGUCUAAUUGAAAGAAUGCAUGAAGUGUAUGAGGAUUCAACCGAUAACCUUAACGAGUGGUGGCAAUCAUAAGCGAUUUAGGAUUUGAACUUUAUGAGUUCCGCUUUCUAGGACAACGACCUCAAGUGCUAACUAUUGAGUUCGAAAUUUAAUAUUUGUAUAUAUUUGGUGGAUUUAUUACCAUAUAUACAAGUUCUGAACCAAAAUUACUAGGUUCGCCCAACCCAUACAAUACACUGUACGUGUACAUCCUUGCUGGUGGCAACCCUCUUUGAUUGAUCAAAACAAGUGAAUUGUGCUUAGACAAUAACGCAAAGAGUGAAGUGAGAAAGUGUGGUUGGCUUUUGGGUAGGGUUCAGAUGGAACUUGAGCUGGAUUUGAGGGAGAUUUUAAUGAAAAUUUCAGAUGAAAAGAACAAAAAUGAGGGAGGAUAUGCAAAUGUUGACUUGGCUAAGAGUGAGUUUGAUACUGUCAAACAGCUUUGCAAUGAUAUCGAAGCUGAUGAUUUUGUUUUCAUCAAUAAACACUCUAAGAAAUUUGAUGGAAAUAUAAGUCCGGACCUUAAUGAAUGUAUACUAGAGGAUGUUGAUGAAAAGAGCAGUGUCGGUCAUGAUGAUAAAUGUUCGAAAUUUGUCAGUGGAAGACGAAGUGAUGAUUGUGGCACAGAUGAAAUUAGGCAAAUGAAUUCAAGUGUGGUGAUGGAAGAUGAGAACAAUAGGAAGAGGAAACGAGAGUCUUACACGGACUUGCUGAGGUGGGUUACUAACGUCGCGAAAGAUCCUUGUGAUCCUGCCAUUGGGUCUUUGCCAGAAAGGUCUAAGUGGAAGUUUUACGGGAAUGAUGUAAUUUGGAAGCAGGUUCUGCUGCUGCGAGAUGAAAUGCUUUUGAGAAGAAAUGCAGAUACGAGUGCUCAGUGCUCGAUAUGGCAGAUUAAACAGAAGAUGCAUCCAUCUAUGUAUGACGAGGAUGCUGCUGCUGAGAGAGUAAGAUGUAGCCAGCGGGUUCUAGUUGCUAAAAAUCCAUUGAAGAAGGCUCUCUUUUCAGCAUCAUCAUCCUCAAGUUAUCCAAGUGAUGAGGAUCCGAUUGAUGGACCUGCUGAUUCUUCUGCAGAGUCAGAAGUUGGUCUUUAUUGGAAACAGCGUCGAAAGAGAAUACCAGUUGGACCACAGUUUCAAGCAGAUAUUCCUGAAUGGAGGCAGGAGAAGUGUGAAAGUGACUCCAAAUGGUUGCGCACCCAAAUCUGGCCGCUAGACAAACAAGAAAAAAACAGAAUGUUGAUUGAAAGAGAUCCUAUUGGAAGAGGAAGAGAAGAUAUAUGCGGCUGCCAAUACCCAGGUUCUUAUGAAUGCAUCAAGUUUCAUCUUGCUGAGAAACGGAGAAAGGUUAAACUUGAGUUGGGAUCAGCCUUUUAUCGUUGGAAAUUUGACUUGAUGGGCGAAGAAGUUGCACUUUCUUGGACAAAAGAAGAAGAAAAGAAAUUCCAGGAUAUAGUGAAAUUGAACCCUUUGUCGACAAACAAGAGUUUUUGGAAUGAAAUAUUCAAGAUCUUUCCUAACAAAAGUAGGGAAUCUUUGGUCAGCUACCACUUUAACGUCUUUCUUUUACGGCGCAGAGGUCACCAGAAUCGGACAAAUGCAAGUAUUAUCGACAGUGAUGAUGAUGAACCAGAGUACGGACCUCGAACUAAUUGUUUUGGGAGGGAUUCAAAAUUCUCCAUCUUUUGUUCCCCACGGAAAGAGCAUCUAGAUUCGAGAUAGUAAUUGAAUGUUUAUAUAUACCACGGCGUUGUUCAGAAAUGUAAAUUGCAGGUUUUUGUUGUGCUUUUGCUCAUCAGCAAUUUAUACCAGCAAAUUCUUAUCUUCUGUCAGUUGCAAAGUGCAGACACGUGAUACCAUCUGAAAAUUGUAUAUUUUUGAGUUGGUGGAUACUUUGGUUACAAAGAAGGUUCAAGGACAUACUUUUUGCAUACACAGUUUCCCUACUUUGUUAUUGUUCAAAACACUGAUUAAGAAUGUUAAUUUUACACCUCCUAUCUAUUGUUUGAAAGGAACAAAGUAAGCUUACUCAACACUCAACAAUUAAGUCUGCAAGUUUAUGUACAGUAACUAAUGUUAUGAUUUGCUGAUAUGGAUCUCUA